AUGUUUGUUGUAUAUUUUUUACUAGUUGUAACACUUUUAUCCACCGUCUGUGCUGACAAUUAUGCUACUUAUCCACAAGUACCCAAAACGGCAUCUUACAAUGGGUUUGCUGAUCCAAUCAUUGAUGUACUACCCGACUGUGCUAAAGACUGUGUCAAAUACAGUACUAAAAACACCCCCUGUCCAUACUGGGAUACUGGAUGUCUAUGUGUUAUGCCACAAUGGUCCGGGUUAGUAGGACAAUGUAUCGCAGAAAACUGCACCGGUUCAGAUGUUCAAAGUGCAAGAUUUUUGGCUACUUCAUUGUGUUCAACUGUUGGUGCUAAUACUUGGAUGAUGCCUGCUUCUAUUUCAACAAUGUUGUCAACUGCCGCAGAGGGAGCAAAAGAGGUGACUACUAUUUCAGGAGAGACUGCUAAGUCCUGGGUUGUUGCAUCUGGAAGUUCUGAUACUAAUAUUAUCACCGAGACAAGCGGGGCCAUUGAAUCCAAUUCCAAACCUCGGGGGAAUAAUACCAAUAACAGCUCUUCCGCUACAAGCUUAUCAGAUUAUGCCGCUACUACUUCUACUGGCUCUACUUCAAACAUUGCAAUUUUACAUGCUAGUGGUUUGGGAGGCGCCAUCGUUGGUCUUUUAGUUAGUUUCCUUGUAUAG